AUGUUAUACGACUUAAUAGUUUUCAUCCUCUUGAUGGGCCGCGCGUGGUGCCUGGCGGGGCCCUCAGUGCAGGUGCGAGAGGGCUUGCUGCGCGGGAAGGAGGUGGUGUCGACGCUGGGGCUCAACUACUACAGCUUCCAGGGCGUCCCCUACGCCACGCCGCCUCUGGGCGCGCUGCGCUUCAAG